AGAAAUUCCCUCAGAUCCUCUCCUUCUGACAAAUCCAUCUUCAAAUCAAUUGUAAUAUUCUUCUUCUUCUUGAUUUUACCUUCCGACUGAUACCUGUUUUGAUAAACAUCCCUCGAUUUGGUCAAACCUAGUUUUUUUUUUCAAUCGGAUUCUCGAUUGAGAACACAAAACGUUAGAUCUAUCUAGGUCUUAAAAAAAGACAUGGGAUUGAAGAGACCUUUUGAUGCUGAAGAGAUGCAAGAGUGCAAUGCUAAGCAUGCAAGACAGCUUACUUACCACCCUGUCCAAUUUGACCAAUCUAUGCCAUUUCACGUUCCUCUGGACAAGACAGCUGUCUUAGGAGAAGAUCUGAAUGGCCUCUGUGAGAAGAAACCGGCAUGGAGUAAUCAUGCUGAGAAGGAUUAUGACACAUGUGCACCCUUCUCGUGGGUCUCAACCGGUUUGUGUCAGGAGGAUGCUCAGACUCAGUCAUCUCUUUCUCAUGAAUCUUCUGGAUCAGACCUCACAUGGAGACCACUUUCCCCGAUGGAGGAUGUUUAUACUUCCCUGAUGAAUCAACCUCCUAGGAAGCAAGUUCCUGUUGGGUCUAAUCACCAAGCAUCUAUCCCUGAAUGUGAGAUUCCUGUUCAAACAAACGAUGACUUGGAAAGAAAACUGAUGGGAAAGUGCAUCAUACCAAUGCCUGACUCGUACCUUUGUGGAGCCGGUCAAGGAAGAAAGGAAUGUCUCUGCCCGGAUAAAGACACAGUCAGAUGCGUGCGGCGACACAUCAUGGAAGCGAGAGAGAGCUUGAUCGAAGCUAUUGGAUAUGAAAGGUUUACAGAGCUAGGGCUGUGUGAAAUGGGUGACGAAGUCAUUAGCUUAUGGAGUGAAGACGAAGAAGAUCUCUUCCAUAAAGUUGUCUACUCCAAUCCUGUUUCGCUCGGUCGCGAUUUCUGGAAGCAGUUAAAGGCGACGUUUCCUUCGAGAACCAUGAAGGAGCUUGUUAGCUACUACUUCAACGUCUUCAUCUUGCGGAGACGAGCGACCCAGAACAGGCUUCAAACCCUGGACGUUGACAGCGACGAUGACGAGUGGCAAGUGGAGUACGACGUCUUUUGCAAAGGGAAAAGCUCUUCACAUGUAGAUAACGAAGAGGAGGAGGAAGAAGAAACCAAUAGCAGCGACGAUGAUGAGGAGGAAGAGGAAGAAGACUCACCGGCUAACGAUGCUCACUGUGUAUAUAUGGAUAAGGUUUCAAGAGAAGGCGGUGAGGUGAACGUGGAAGACGACUCGUGUAUGUCCUUCGAGUUGCAUGACUCCAAUUUGGUAUUCGCUCAGAGCCCUGUUGAAAACAGAGCGUCCCACGGAUCUGGUUUGUUUUCUUUCGAUGAUACUUGUGAUGGAAGAAGACUCGCAUCAUCAGAUUGUUGGACCAAGAACAACGACCUUCUACCAACUUCUAACAUCAUGGAGGAGAUAUUUGGUAAAGACGAAUGGGGAGAGAAUGGUGAUAACUUGAAGGGGAAGUAGUUGAAGGUUUCUUUCUCCGACUUCUGCAGAGCUUUUGUUUUUGGUUUUUCUAAGUGAAAUUAUUUAAAGAAGCAGAAGUUUGAAAGUUUCUUCUUCCUUGGAAUUUUCUUUUGGUGGGUUUUUAGGUUGAAGAAGGGACCUCUGUAACAGGAACCCUUUUCUUUUUAGGUUUGAUACCUCAAGAUUAUUUAAUAAAUCUCUGUAUAUUUUGCUGUAUAAAAUGAAGGAAAAAAACGAAUGUGUCUAUUUGGGCU